AUGCGACCGUUUUUUAAAUCAAAACGUUCCGAUUCGGGUCAAUUUUUGUUGGACAGACGAUAUUCAUUGGGUGAUACAAAAAGGUAAAACAAAACUAGAUUACUUUGGCUUGUUUUAGUUUUGUAAAAAGUAUUAUAAAAGUAAAGUAAAGUUUCAAAUCCUAAGUAUAAAUUAAAGUUAUGUAAUCGAUUUACAUUUCAGUAACCAGUUAGAAUGGGCACCGCCAGUUCGUGUCGUCGCCGUGAUCACGUUAUUCGCUUCAACCUUGGAUUUGUUGGCCGACUUUUUGUUGUGUAGUAGGUAUGAAAGCAUUAAAAUAACUAUUAUAAUGAAACUAUAAUUAAAGAUACAUGCUACUCGUUUUUUGAGUUGCGUUAGUGUACAUUUAGAGAAAAGGGGUAAUGGCGAGGGUGUUGUAAGAGAGGGUGGGGUAAAUUUUUUUUUAAAAAAAUUUUAAAAAAUGAGAUGUGGAUAGAUCUAAUAGAAGGCUCACUAACCCUCCGGCCCGAGAGAAUAAAAGCAAAUUGAAGGCCCGGCCUAAAUGAAGACCGCAGGAGGCUAACUUAGGUCUCGCAACGAAAGAUUUCACUACCAAAAAGAGUAAAACAACAAAAUUAAGCGCGGCCCGCCUGCUUUAUAGGUUUAGAUGGGUUCGGAGAAGGAGAUGAAAGACGUUAAAUUUUUUUUAUUUGGGAAGGGGGUGGUAAAAAAAUAUUUUUAUUUUGGUGGGGAGGGGGUGAAAAAAAAAUAUUUCCCUCCUCCACGCUGUAAAAUAAAAAAUAUCUCCAAAUUAAAAUUUAGGCUAGCCGAAUUCCUGAACAAUUUUCAAACCGAAACCGCGCGAAACUGUGCCUAUGGCUAUUUCUUCUUCACCGGCGUCUCAAUGUUGGUGUACGUGUUCGAGAUGGUGGAUGUGUGUUUAACGUUGAAGCACGAUGAAGAAGAUGUCUUUUUUGCACGACUAGCUAAAUCAAUGGUACUAUGUUGUGAAGAGGUGCCAUUACCAUCACUGUUAUAUGUACUAUUCACUACUGAGCCGAGGUUAUCACUAGCCAAUCCAGUACAUAUCGCUUCGUGGAUCAAGUUGAUCACACUCAGUUGGGGAAUCGUUAAAUUCACUAAAUUGAGGUUCUUCUGGCCGUUCCUAAUUUGUAAUCCUAAACAUGAACGACAGUAAGUUUUUAUAGUGAAAUAGUUUUUUAACCUAGCCCUAGUCCAGAGCCCUAGCCUAUAGCCCUAGCUCAGAGCCCUAGCUCAAUGUCUUAGCCUAGGGCCCUAGCCCAGAGCCCUAAUCCAGAUCUCUAGCUCAGAGUCUUAGCCCAGAGCCCUAGCCCAGAGCCCUAGCCCAAAGUCCUAACUCAGAGCCCUAGCCCUAAAUUUAGCUUUAGAUGUUGCCGUUGCCUUGGCCUUUGCACUGGCCUUGUCCUAGUCUUGCUCUAGCAUUGCCCUAGUCAUAUGCUUAAGGGUAACUUUAGUCUUAAGCCUAAUCUUGAUUUUGGUUUUAGUACUGGCCUUAAUUUUAGUCGUAGCUUUAAGCCUAAUCUUGGCUUUGGUUGUAGACUUGGUCCUAGCUCUAGUUCUAAAUUUAAGCUUAAACUCACCUUCACCCUGCCUUAUCUUCUUAUCGUAGCCUAAUCCGACCUUUUGUAGCCUGGCUUUCAACAAACUAAAAAUUAUAUGUUGGAUUACCUGCUUAAAACAAUAUAAAUAAUUUCAUUUUUCAGAGAGAAUGUUCGUCGAAUGUUCCAAUUUACAAUGUAUCGAUGUGCCAUGAUAUUUGUCAACUUUUGUCACUUUUUGGCCAUCUUCAUUGUCAUUAACAACUUGAUUGAAAGUGGAAAAGGCGGACGACCAAUUGCUGUACAACACUCUCUCAAAUGA